GUCGGCAGCCAGGGCGUCGGCAAGACGUCGCUCAUCAACCGCUCGACGACGGGCCACUUCAGCCCCUCUCGUUCAUCGACGAUCGGCGCGAGCUUCCUCACCAAGAAGCUCACGGUCGCCGACACGCGCGUCCACUUUCAGCUGUGGGACGCCGCCGGCCAGGAGCGCUUUCGCGCGCUCAUGCCGCUGUACUACCGCGGCGCCCAGGCCGCCAUCCUCGUGUACGACGUGACUGACGAGGCGAGCUUGCAGGACAUCAAGUUCUGGAUCGAGGAGCUGCGCAAGAACAUGUCGGACGAGCUCAUGAUCAUCGUCGUCGGCACCAAGGCCGACCUUGCCGGCUCGUACCCGACGGUCCCGCUCGCCGACGCCCAG